AUGAUGUCAGCUACAGAAAAGCAAAACCAAACCUACAUUACAGAAUUCAUCCUCCUGCAAUCCAGUGAUUUACCUGACCUUCAGGUUGCUCUAUUCCUGCUCUUCCUGGUGAUCUACAUGGUGACAAUGAUGGGGAACAUUCUCACCCUCGUGUCGGUGGUGGCUAAUCAGCAUCUCCACACCCCAAUGUAUUUCUUCCUCAGCUACAGCUCUACCAUCCUGCCCAAGCUGCUGGCCAGCUUCCUGACAUGUGACAGAAGUAUUUCCUAUAGCAGCUGCAUGACACAGUUUUUCAUAUUUGCUUUUCUAGUUGGGCUUUGCAUAGCACUAGCUGCAGGGCCCUGGUUAAGUGGUUUUAUGGUCAGCUUGUUCACAUUGUUGAUGUCACAGAUGGUGUACUGUGAUUGCAGUGAGAUUGACCAUUUCUUCUGUGAUUUCUCCUCUGUGAUAAAAUGCUCCUGCAGUGGCACAUUUCUGAUAGAAGUUGUAACAUCUUUGAUGUCUGCUACCUGUACUAUGCUGCCCUUUCUUCUCACUGUAGCAUCCUAUAUUUUAAUCAUCAUCAUAACCCUAAGAAUCACUUCAGCUACAGGGAGGCAAAAGGCAUUUUCUACAUGCUCCACUCACCUCAUUGUGGUCAUUACUUUCUAUUCAACUCUCAUCCUUGUCUACAUGUUACCAAAAACUUACAAAUUCACAGCUUUAACAUUGUUCUCUGUAAUCUACACUGUGGUGACACCCACGGUGAAUCCAUUUAUCUACACCUUAAGAAAUAGAAGUCAGAUGAGCCUUGGGGAAAGAAGUCCAGGCAUUUAUGGAUUUAUAUAA